CCCCAGCCCUGGCUGCCUCAGUGUCCUACCCAAGAAGCAGCUAUAACAGGCAGUCCCUUCUCUCUGCUCUCCACCCCCAGAAAAGGCAGAACCAGGACCUGCAGGAGCAGCUGGGGGCCCUUCUGGGGCCAGGGCAGCAGUUCCUGCCUCUGUGCCCAGAGCACUCAAGCUGCACAGCCCUGGCCUGGGUAAGUGCAGGACAGCAGCCCAGUCCUAGCAGGACCUUGGGUGGCUGUCAGGAAUGACCCUGUGACUACAUGCACCAUACCCCCCAACUCCCGCUCUCAAGCAGCCCAUGACCACAGAGGCUGCCCAUGACCUUGGGGCUGACCCAAGGGCUUUUCUGCAGCCCCCUGAGCAGGCCGGUCCCCGGUCCCUGGAGGACAGGGCACCUUUGCAGCUGCUGCAGCGGGAGCUGUGCCGAGGGGAGGAGUCCUUCGUGCAGCAGUCCCAGAACGAGCUGCAGCAGAUCCGAUUGUCCUUUGAGAGGAAGAAGAUGGCCAUUACUGAGGUGUGGGAUGGCGUGGCCGAGGUACACAUGGCUCUGAACAACCAGGCCACCGGGCUCCUGAGCCUCAAAAAGGACAUCCGGGGCGUGCUGGACCAGAUGGAGGACAUCCAGCUGGAAAUUCUGGGGGAUCGUGCCCAGUGCCGCACCCGGGCCAGGAAGGAGAAGCAGACAGCAUGCAUAGCGAAGGCAAAGCCCCAGCUGGGAUGUUCCGAGGGCCUCAAAGGACAGCUCUGGCUGCUGGCCCUGAGGCUGCUGCUGGGUGCCGUGCUGGCCUGCACCGCCGCCUACGUGUACGUGGUGGACCCUGCGCCCUUCGAGGGGCUAGUGCCGCCCCUGCUGAGCCGUGCUGCUGUCUGGAAGCUCCGGGCCCUGCUGGGCCCGUUCCUGCGCCUCGAGGUGGACGACUUCCUGCCCUUCUAGGCGGGAGGCCCAGCGGCCCCAGCGAGGAGGAAGCCAGGCGGCCAGCGCGGCCCCCAGCGCCCAGCGGCCGCGCCGGCCCCUAUCCACAGCACUGCCGAGCACCUUGCCUGCCAGGAGCCACGGAGAAGGGUGGAGGCGGGGUCUGUCCUGAAGGCUGGGCCUGCGGCCGGACAUAUAGUGGUGACACACGCUGCAUGUGAGCUUGUUUCCAUGGAAACGGGGUCAGGAGGCUGUGCUGCAUCCUGAGGCUGCUCUCUCAGUGGGGGUCCCUCAGGGUGACACCCCGACCUUGGCCCUCCGUGCCCCAUCUGCCAGCUGGACAGCAGCCCCUCCACAGGAAGCCCCCAACCUGCCCUGGACACCAGGAGGGCUCUGAGCAGAGGAUGUCGAAGGAGGGUCUCCACUGAGAGUGAGGAAUGGAGAACCUCAUGCCUCUUCCCUCAUCGGGGGUCAGGUUCUCAGACUGAAUCUGCUGACCCUCUGACCUCAUACCUCUCACAUAACCCUCUGUCUCUGUC